AUGCUAAACCGCCGCGGGCCGAUCUCGAAAAUUGUCGGAGGGGCUGUCGAUGCUGCGAAGAAAUACCAGUCAGAUCGAAAACAGCAGCCAGCAGCGCAACAGGAAAGCAAUGUGUCUAUUCAACAAAAUGAACAAGGGCAAUCAGGCCUCUCUGGUCCUUCAACGAUAGUCCAACAGCAAGCGACAGAGGAUGAUCCGGAAGUUGAUGAAGAUUGGACACUUACCCUGGACGAAGCUCAACAGCUUCAAUCGCAGACCAAUACCAAUCAACAUGAGGCGGAUACUGAGAGAAUGCUGCAACAAUUUCUCGUUCAGCACCCACCAUUACAGGCCUCCAACCUUGCAAGCGAAAGUCAUUGCCUGCCGAUGCCUGUAAUACUCCCUCAACGUCGUCCCGAGGCCAGGCACCGAGGUUUCGUGCGAGCUUACGCCCCGGUCCUCGAAGAAUGCGGCAUUGACCAGCCUACCUGGCUCGAGUUCCUCGACGGGUUCGAAAGUAGCAUCAAAGCAAACCCUUGGUUCGAGGUCUUGAAUGCCGGCGUUAUGGCCGCAGAUCUCGCUCACAUCGCCGUUGGCGGGUUCUCGCCCAUCGCAACGCUCGUGACGUUCGCGGUUCAGACGGGGCUCGAGACGUCUCGCAGGGGCUACGUGAACUACAAGCAGAACAACUACCUCGACGUCAUGAACGAGAACUUCUUCAAACCCCGAGGCCUGUUUACUCUUGUCGUCAAAUACAAACCGUCUAGCAGCGAAGUCAUAGAGAACAUUGAUCUGGCGUCAAACAUCGCCAAAGCCGUGGAAGACAGCAAAACCCAGAGCAAAUGGAAGAAGGUGCUGCACUCAUCAUCCAGCACGACAACAAGCGAGGCUGAGAUUCCUGAGCCAGCGCCGCUUGUCUUCCCGCAACUCGAUGAGGUGGACGAGGGACAAAAGCAGAAUCUGGUGAAGAAGUUCGGAGAGUCUGUCUCAAAGUACUACGACCGAAGGGCUACGGACAGGUUCACGAAAGAACACCCUGAAUCGAAGCUCAUGCCAACAAACUCGCCUGAAGAAGAAGAAUCAAAGGCUUCCAAUUCGACUGAUCGGGCCAAGGGACCAAUUCGACGUCUGCAGCAGAGACGGCAGCAACGCUUUGAAGACUCAGGUGUAGAGCGGAAAUUCGGAAGGGAGGCUCGCGAGAAGCGGAAAAGGAACCGGCCGCUGAAGAAAUUGAUGCGACAGGACGCUCUUUAUCUAAUGGUUGUCAAUCUUCCAACGCUCGAUGAGAUGGACGCGGUCCUUGCUCAAGUAGAAGGACAGUGA